AUGAUUAACGAACUCAUUGAAAAUUUGGGUAAAGAAUUUUCAGAUUUGCUUGAAGGUUCUGAAGAUUUUGAUAUGAAAAUUAUAGUUGGUGAAGAACCAAAUAUUAAAGAAUUUAGAACUCAUUCUAGUAUCCUGUCAGAAAAAUCAGAAUACUUUAAAGCCGCAUUGUCAUCACGAUGGGCAAAGAGAGAAAAUGGAAUCAUCAUUUUUAACAAACCUAAUAUUUCACCAUCAGUAUUUGAAAUUCUUAUAGAAAAUGAAAUUAGCCUUCUCGAUGUUUAUAUCGCAGCUGAUGAAAUUCUAUUAGAUGAAAUUAAACUAAAAAUUGAAAAAUACAUGCUAGAAAAUGCAUGGGCUUGGAUAUUUCCAAAAGACUUUAUUAGAAUAUGCGAAUAUAAUAUUUUCACUAAUUUAUAUCAAAUUUCAUUAAAACAUGUAUGCAAAAAUCCAAAAAUUAUCUUUGAAUCGGCAGAUUUCUUAAAAAUUGAUGAAGAUAAUUUAAUCAACCUUUUGAAACGUGACGAUCUUUUGUUAGAAGAAAUUGAUAUUUGGGAAUAUUUAAUUAAAUGGGGAAUUAAUAAUUCGGAUUCUAUUUUAAAUUACAAUUUAACUAAGUGGACGAAGGCAGAUUUCAUAGAACUUAAAAAAGCUCUGCAUAAUUGCAUUCCUCACAUUAGAUUUUUCCAUUUAUCAAUUAAUGAACUUCGCUUAGUUAUAUCUAAAUAUAAAAAUAUCUUACCAGAUAAUCUUCUUAAUGAAAUUUACAACCAUUUAUCAGAUCCUAAACCUAAAUAUUAUAAUUUACAAAGAAGAGAAGCAGUAUACUAUUUUAAUUCUACAAUUAUCAAAGAUAAAGAUGCAGCAUUAAUAGCAAGUUGGAUUGAUGAAAAAAAAGGAUUGCCUUAUCGUUUUAAAGAUAUACCUUUCAAAAUUAAACUUAUUUAUCGAGCAAGCAGUAAUGAUUUCAGAAUUGAUAAGUUUCAUAAGAUUUGUGGUGGAAAGGGGCAAACCCUUGUCAUAAUUAAGGUCCGAAAUUCAAAUGAAAUAAUUGGUGGAUAUAAUCCAAUAGGUUGGUACGAAGAAGAUAUAAUAAAAAACCAGAAAGAUAUAGAUUUAUUUGAUGAUACAUACGAUGAAUACGAUGGAUAUAAGUUCAAGGAAACAUCAAAAAGUUUUAUAUUUUCAUUAUCUAAUGGAACAAUUCCCGAAUUAAGCCGUGUCUUUUCUAAAAAAAAUGCAAUCGCUAUGUGUAUGAACAAAGGUCCAUGUUUUGGUUUCAGAGACUUGUGGAUAGAAUAUAGUUCACGAAGAUCUGUUGUUGGUAUAAGUAAUCAACAUUCUUAUGAGAUAAAAAUUAUUGAUAAAAACUUUUUUGAAAUUGAAGAAUAUGAAGUAUUUCAAAUUAGAAGAUUAUCUGUAUUAACUGGAUUUGCCAUGUCAAAGUUCAAGAAAAUAUCUAAAAACAUUAUAAAUAAUGAAGAUAAUAAAGUACUAGAAGUACGUGGAUUAGGGAUGGGCUCAUGCAUAGGCUGCGGCAGGAUAAAAAGCUGUGCAGGCUGUGGAGAAUUAGAACGCUGUGGCACAUUAAAACACUGUGCAAUUUGCGGCGCAAUAAAACGUUGCAAAACUUGUGCCUGCAUAGUUUGCAAAUAUAAAUUUAAACAAAAUGCAGGAUUAGGAAAAGGUAGAUGUGCUAACUGCGACAAAUUAAGAAUCAGCAAGGCCUUUAACUGUACAACCUGUGGAGCAUUAAAACAUUGCAUCUGCGCUUGUAUAGUUUGCAAGUAG